AUGAAGACCUCUCACGUCAUCCCCGCCGUUUUCGGCCUCAUCUCCUCUGUCCACGCCCACUACACGUUCGAUCAGCUCGUCGUCAACGAUGCCAUGGAGGGCUCCGCCAACACCUACAUCAGGAAGCAUCAGAACAGCUACAUGCCCACCAAGUUCAUCAACCCUCCCGAGGGCUCCAUCACCCCUCUCGAUGCGGACUUCACCUGCAACAAGGGAGCUGUUGCUGCCUCCAGCGUCUACACUGUCAAGGCCGGUGACAAGAUUGGCCUGAAGCAGGCCUACGGAGGUACUGGCAUGCUUCACCCUGGCCCAUCUCAAGUCUACAUCAGCGCCGCUGAUGAUGCCACUACCUACGACGGCACUGGAGACUGGUACAAGAUCCACCAGUCCCUCCUCUGCACCGCCGGAAAUGCCGAGUCGCUUCGCUCUUCCGCCUGGUGCAGUUAUGGCGAGGACCGAGUCUGGUUCACCGUGCCCUCCACCAUCCCCAACGGACAGUACCUCGUCCGUGGUGAACACAUCGGACUUCACGGUGCCCAUGUUGGCGAGGCCGAGUUCUUCUACGCCUGCGCUCAGAUUGAGGUUACCGGAAACAGCGCCACCAGCAUCCCCGGUUCUGCUGUCGCGAUUCCUGGUGUGUACCAGUCCACUGAUGCGGCUGUCAACUUCAGUGUCUGGGGAACAUCCACUUCCUACGACGUUAUUCCCGGCCCCGAUGUUAUCCCUGGCGGCACCAUUCGCGGCAGCGCGGAUGGAUCCUCUGGUGAUGUCUCUGAGACUGUCUCGGGCGGCUCCAGCUCCAGCUCGGAUGAUUCAUCCAGCGCCAUCUCUAUUACUGCUUCAGCUGCCCCUGCCUGUGGAAGCUUCCAGUCCCGACGGGCCAAGGCUCGCAAGGUUCGCAAGGCUUAAGGUCUUAUAGAUUGAUGGCAAAUGGCGGGUCAUUCUAUGAAUCAAGGGAACCUUGAUUUGCAUGUCAAGUUGGC